CGCCCGAGCGCCCCGCGGGUCCCCGGCCCGAAGCCCGCGGCCGAUUGCGCCCACCUGAGCCCGUGAGCCGGCGCCAUGGCGGAGCAGGAGAGCCUGGAGUUCGGCAAGGCGGACUUCGUGCUGAUGGACACCGUCUCCAUGCCCGAGUUCAUGGCCAACCUGAGGCUCAGGUUCGAGAAAGGGCGCAUCUACACCUUCAUUGGAGAAGUCGUGGUCUCAGUGAACCCCUACAAGUCACUCAACAUCUACGGGCGGGACACCAUCGAGCAGUACAAGGGCCGCGAGCUGUAUGAGCGGCCGCCUCACCUCUUCGCCAUCGCUGAUGCUGCCUACAAGGCGAUGAAGAGGCGGUCGAAAGACACCUGCAUCGUGAUAUCAGGGGAGAGUGGAGCUGGCAAGACGGAGGCCAGCAAAUACAUCAUGCAGUACAUUGCGGCCAUCACCAACCCCAGCCAGAGGGCAGAGGUUGAAAGAGUGAAGAAUAUGUUGCUCAAGUCCAAUUGUGUAUUGGAAGCUUUUGGAAAUGCCAAAACCAAUCGUAAUGACAACUCAAGCAGAUUUGGAAAAUACAUGGAUAUCAACUUUGAUUUCAAGGGAGAUCCUAUUGGUGGACACAUCAAUAACUACUUACUGGAGAAGUCCCGAGUGAUUGUACAACAGCCAGGAGAAAGAAGCUUUCAUUCUUUCUAUCAGCUAUUGCAAGGAGGUUCCGAGCAGAUAUUACGCUCUCUGCAUCUCCAGAAAUCCCUUUCAUCCUACAACUACAUCCACGUAGGAGCCCAGCUAAAGUCUUCCAUCAAUGACGCUGCUGAGUUCAAAGUCGUGGCCGAUGCCAUGAAAGUGAUCGGCUUCCAGGCCGAGGAGGUUCAGACGGUGUAUAGAAUUCUGGCUGCUAUCCUUCACCUGGGAAAUUUAAAAUUCGUGGUAGAUGGAGACACGACUCUGAUCGAGAACGGCCAGGUUGUGUCGAUCAUAGCAGAGCUGCUGUCCACCAAGACCGACGCGGUGGAGAAGGCCCUCCUCUACCGCACGGUGGCCACGGGCCGGGACAUCAUCGACAAGCAGCACACAGAGCAGGAGGCCAGCUACGGCAGAGACGCCUUCGCCAAGGCAAUAUACGAGCGCCUGUUCUGUUGGAUUGUUACUCGCAUCAACGAUAUUAUCGAGGUCAAGAACUACGACACCACAAUCCACGGGAAAAACACAGUUAUCGGUGUCCUGGACAUCUAUGGCUUCGAAAUCUUUGACAACAACAGCUUUGAGCAGUUCUGCAUCAAUUACUGCAACGAGAAGCUGCAGCAGCUCUUCAUCCAGCUGGUGCUGAAGCAGGAGCAGGAGGAGUACCAGCGGGAAGGGAUCCCUUGGAAGCACAUUGAUUACUUCAACAAUCAGAUCAUCGUGGACCUGGUGGAGCAGCAGCACAAGGGGAUCAUUGCAAUCCUGGACGACGCCUGCAUGAAUGUCGGCAAAGUCACGGAUGAGAUAUUCCUGGAAGCACUCAACAGUAAACUGGCCAAGCACGGGCAUUUUUCUAGCCGAAAGCUCUGUGCCUCGGACAAAAUUCUGGAGUUUGAUCGAGAUUUUCGAAUUCGACAUUAUGCCGGUGAUGUUGUCUAUUCUGUCAUUGGUUUUAUUGACAAAAAUAAAGAUACUUUGUUUCAAGAUUUCAAGCGCCUCAUGUAUAACAGUUCGAAUCCGGUACUGAAGAACAUGUGGCCGGAAGGCAAACUGAGCAUAACAGAGGUGACCAAGCGCCCACUGACUGCCGCCACCUUGUUCAAGAACUCCAUGAUUGCACUGGUUGACAACCUUGCGUCAAAGGAACCUUACUACGUGCGCUGCAUCAAACCCAACGACAAGAAGUCCCCGCAGCUGUUUGAUGAGGAGCGCUGCCGGCACCAGGUGGAGUACCUCGGGCUCUUGGAGAACGUCCGCGUGCGCCGUGCGGGCUUCGCCUUCCGCCAGACUUACGAGAAGUUCCUGCACAGGUAUAAGAUGAUCUCUGAGUUCACCUGGCCUAACCAUGACCUUCCGUCAGACAAGGAGGCUGCCAAGAAGCUCGUUGAGCGGUGUGGUUUUCAGGAUGACGUGGCUUACGGGAAGACCAAGCUGUUCAUCCGCACGCCCCGCACGCUGUUCACCCUGGAGGAGCUCCGCGCCCAGAUGCUCGUGCGCAUCGUCCUCUUUCUGCAGAAGGUGUGGCGGGGCACCCUGGCCCGCAUGCGGUACAGGAGGACCAAGGCAGCUCUGACAAUACUAAGGUACUACCGGCGCUACAAAGUCAAGUCCUAUAUCCACGAGGUGGCCAGCCGUUUCCACGGCGUCCGGACGAUGAGAGACUACGGGAAGCAUGUGAAGUGGCCCACCCCUCCCAAAGUGCUUCGCCGGUUUGAGGAGUGCCUACAGGCGAUUUUCAACAGAUGGAGAGCAUCCCUGCUUAUCAAGAGCCUACCCACUUCAGAUCUGCCGCAGGUCCGGGCCAAGGUUGCAGCCAUGGAGAUGCUGAAGGGCCACAGAGCUGACCUUGGCCUCCAGAGGGCUUGGGAGGGCAACUAUCUGGCUUCUAAGCCAGAUACACCUCAAACAUCAGGCACGUUUGUCCCUGUUGCUAACGAGCUGAAGCGGAAGGACAAAUACAUGAACGUGCUCUUCUCCUGUCACGUCCGUAAGGUGAAUCGAUUUAGUAAGGUGGAAGACCGAGCAAUUUUUGUCACUGACCGUCACUUGUAUAAAAUGGACCCCACUAAACAGUACAAGGUGAUGAAGACGAUCCCGCUGUACAAUUUGACUGGUCUGAGUGUCUCCAAUGGAAAGGACCAACUUGUCGUGUUCCAUACAAAAGACAACAAGGACCUCAUUGUGUGCCUCUUCAGCAAGCAGCCCACACACGAGAGUCGGAUUGGAGAACUUGUUGGAGUCUUGGUGAAUCACUUCAAGAGCGAGAAGCGCCACCUGCAAGUGAACGUCACCAACCCCGUGCAGUGCAGCCUGCACGGGAAGAAGUGCACGGUGUCCGUGGAGACGCGGCUCAACCAGCCUGAGCCCGACUUCACCAAGAACCGCUCGGGCUUCAUCCUCAGCGUGCCCGGCAACUGACCG